UGAUUUAUUUAUAUAAAUAAAUAUUUAAAUAAAAAUAUUCUUAAAUAAAUAUAAAUACUUUUUUCCAAAAUCCAACUUUAACUAUUUUCCUUUUCCUAUUUGGUAGAUAACCCUAAAUAGCAAUUAUCUAAAAUUUUACUAAAAUAAAGAUCUCUUAAUAAGCUUAUUAUAAUAUUUACAAAAAUUUUGUUUCCGCUUAUUAAAUAAAUUUGCUGUAUCUGUAUAUAUCCCAAUACAAAGGCAGAACGAUAUAAUUUUUACUAAAUCGAAAAAAAUAAAGCUGACCCUAACUUAAAAUUAAAAAGAAAAAAUAAUAAAUAAUCAAUCAUAUAUUAUCCAAAAUGAAAGCUUUAUACGCAUCCUUAUUUAUUUUCUCCACCUUAUUCGCCUCAUGCUUUGGAAGUGAUAUUGAAAAAUAUUUAGUUAAUCGCUGCUUCUAUUACGAUUUUAACCUACGUGAUGAAUAUAACAAGAUGUUAGAAAGUAAUUCUGAAAAAAAAGAGAACCCGAUAAAACGUGUAAAAAGCAAGUCAUUCCACAAAGAUGUAGAAAAAUUAAAUAAUGACUUCCAAAAAUUAGAAUCAUAUGAUCCACGCUCAGAUUAUGCAAAAUAUGUAAAACCUUUAUUAUAUGCAUUGGAAAAUCCUCCUAAACCCAGAAAACAAUCUUCCAAAAAAACAUCCAAAGCGAAGAAAGCAGCUGCACGAAAAAAACCAGCUACACCUAAGAAACAAGCCACACCGAAAAAACAAGCCGCACCGAAAAAAAAGGCUGCACAGAAAAAGCCCGCUGCACCAGAAACUUCUGCGUAAGUUUAAAAUAACUAAAAUAUCAGGUGAUUCUCUGAGAAAAAAGGUUACAUAAGUGUUGAUAAAAUUCUCCUCAAAAUAUGAAUUAUACGAUUAAGUAUAUUAUGCUUUAUAACAUGCCAAAAUAGAACAAUUAUACGUGAAAAGAAACAGAUUAAUACUUAAAUUUUACCUUUUUCUUUUUCUUUUUUAAAUGCCACUUUUUUGAAUACACCCACCCCCUGUGUUUGUCCUUUCUUUUUAAUCGUUAAGUCUGAGUUUGUUGCAUACAUCGACUGCAUUGUUUCCCCUUGAACGUUAUUUCAUAAGCAGAUGUAUGUGUUCAUAUUUGUUCAUAUGUGUACAUAUGUAUUGUUGAUUUUUGUUCAUUCCAUAUCAUUCCACUCCAGUAUAAUUUUAUACUAAUUCUUUUUUCCCCCUGAACUAAAACGGUUAUACUAAUAGAACUGUCAUCAAAGAAUAGCAUAAAAUU